UUUCUUUUUUCCAGUCUUACUCCCUUCCACGCCUUCCCAAUUCCUAGGGUUUUCGAUUUGCUGUUUCUUCUCUUCCGCGAUCGAUCUCCGAGGUGUUUGCGCUCCUUCCAUCCUUUCGCCAUGGCGGUAGAUCCCAACCCUGACAGCUCAUCUGGCGCGGAGCCGGCGGGUCCCAGGCACCCCUCCAAGGACCCCAAGAAGAAGAAGGACGAGAAGAAAGAGGAAGAUCUGUCGGAUGAGGAUUUGGCGUUGAAGCAGCAGCUCGAGCUUUACGUUGAGAGGGUUCAGGAUGCCGAUCCCGGCGUCCAGAAGUUCGCCCUCGAGAGCAUGAGGAAGGAGAUUCGUACAGCAACAAGUUCCAUGACAUCUGUUCCAAAGCCUCUGAAGUUCCUUCGACCCCAUUAUGGAACUCUAAAAGCAUACUUCGAUACGAUGCCAGAGUCUGACCUAAAGAAGUACCUAGCAGACAUUCUUUCUGUGUUGGCCUUGACUAUGUCUGCUGAAGGGGACAGGGAGAGCCUGAAGUACCGAUUGCUAGGAUCAGAGGGGGAUAUUGGUUCUUGGGGUCAUGAAUACGUAAGAAACCUGGCUGGUGAAAUUUCUCAAGAGUUUGCAAAACGCCAGUAUGAUGACAUGCCCAUAGAUGCUUUAAUGGAACUCGUGCAACAAAUUGUUGCAUUUCACAUGAAGCAUAAUGCUGAGCCAGAAGCUGUAGAUCUUCUGAUGGAGGUUGAAGAUCUUGAUCUGUUGAUUGAGCACAUUGAUGCUACAAAUUACAAGAGGGCAUGCUUGUAUCUUACUAGUUCUUCUAGCUAUCUCCCGAGCCCUGAUGAUGUAUUGGCCUUGGAUAUAGCAUAUACAAUUUAUAUGAAGUUUGAAGACUACGCAAGUGCCUUACGCAUUGCACUUUUUAUUGAUAACAAUCAGUAUGUGAAACAAGUGUACACAUCGACAGAGGAUCUGUUGUUGAAGAAGCAAUUUUCUUAUAUUAUUGCUCGCCAUGGAUUAGCAUUGGAGCUUGAUGAUGAUAUAGCUGCAGAUGAUGAUGAUAAGGAGGCCUUGCAGGAUAUAGUCAACAACGUUAAACUAAGCGAAGGAUACCUUACUCUUGCUCGUGAUGUUGAGGUCAUGGAACCCAAAUCUCCUGAAGACAUCUAUAAGGUCCACUUGAUUGAUGGCCGGGCAAGUGCAAGUUCCAGUCUUGAUUCAGCUCGACAAAAUUUGGCAGCUACUUUUGUGAAUGCAUUUGUGAAUGCUGGAUUUGGUCAGGAUAAAUUGAUGACUGUCCUAUCAGAAUCUUCAAGUGGUGGAUCUUCAGGUAGCUGGUUGUUUAAGAACAAGGAACAUGGAAAGGCCAGUGCGGCAGCUAGCUUGGGGAUGAUUCUGUUGUGGGAUGUGGAUUCUGGACUUGCUCAAAUUGAUAAAUAUCUGCACAGUAAUGACAAUCAUGUUGUUGCCGGGGCUUUGCUAGGUGUUGGGAUUGUCAAUUGUGGUGUAAAGGAUGACUGUGACCCUGCAUUGGCACUUCUUAUUGACUUUGUUAAUAAAGAGGACACUGUCAUUCGAAUUGGGGCAAUUUUGGGCCUUGGCAUUGCAUAUGCUGGUUCGCAUAAAGAUGAGGUUAGAGUUCGCCUAUCACUUAUCAUGGGAGAUCCAAAAGUGCCUCUCGAGGUUCUUGUGUUUUCUGCCAUCACCCUGGGCUUGGUGUACGUUGGUUCUUGUAAUGAAGAAAUCGCUCAGUCUAUUAUCUUUGCCUUAAUGGACCGUAGUGACACUGAACUGAAUGAACCACUCACCCGCCUGCUCCCUGUAGCCCUUGGCCUUCUUUACCUUGGAAAGCAGGAUAAUGUUGAAGCUACUGCAGAGGUUUCCAAGACAUUUAAUGAAAAAAUUAGAAAAUAUUGUGAUGUCACACUCUUGUCUUUGGCAUAUGCUGGAACAGGGAAUGUGCUUAAGGUCCAGAAACUUUUGGGGUACUGUGCUCAACAUCUAGAUAAGGGUGAGACUCAUCAGGGACCUGCUGUCCUUGGAAUUGCUCUUAUUGCAAUGGCUGAAGAAUUGGGUCUUGAUAUGGCAAUCCGGUCUCUGGAACACCUUUUACAAUAUGGAGAGCAGAACAUCAGACGAGCUGUACCUCUGGCUCUUGGUAUACUAUGCAUAUCCAAUCCAAAGGUCAAUGUCAUGGACACACUAAGCAGACUCAGUCAUGAUACAGAUGGCGAUGUGUCUAUGGCAGCAAUUAUUUCCCUGGGCUUGAUAGGUGCAGGCACCAAUAAUGCUCGAAUAGCUGGCAUGCUUCGCAACCUUUCAAGUUAUUACUACAAAGAAGCUGGCCACCUCUUCUGUGUGAGGAUUGCUCAAGGUCUUGUACACCUGGGGAAGGGUUUGCUAACUCUUUUGCCUUACCACUCUGAUCGGUUUCUAUUGUCACCGACGGCUCUUGCCGGGCUUGUUACUGUAUUGCACGCUUGUUUGGACAUGAAGUCUAUUAUCCUUGGGAAGUAUCAUUACAUGCUUUAUAUCCUUGUCUUAGCGAUGCAGCCAAGGAUGUUAAUGACAGUGGAUGAAAAUCUGAAGCCUCUCUCUGUUCCUGUACGUGUGGGUCAGGCUGUUGAUGUGGUUGGCCAGGCAGGACGGCCAAAGACUAUUACUGGAUUCCAGACACAUUCUACUCCUGUCUUACUUGCAGCAGGCGAACGAGCUGAGCUGGCCACUGAGAAAUAUAUUCCACUCACACCGGUAUUGGAAGGAUUUGUUAUCCUGAGAGAGAAUCCAGAUUAUCAGGAUGAUCGUUAAGGACCUGCAACUACACAUCCUGCAUGGAAGACUGGGUGAAGUUGGUGUAUACACGGUGUUAGACGCACUGCUUUUGUUUGAGAAACAUGGCUCUGACAGCUAUAAACACAGUGCCAGUUCGGAGCCCGAAAGGGCGCUGGGGAAGGGAUGGUAUGGUUGUAACCGAACCAAACAUAAGAGAUUUUUCCAAAGAUUUUGUUUUUUAUUUUGUUAAACUACAUGCUACCCUGUCAAUCCAUUAUUUUUCCUAUUCAAAUGUCUGUGUUGUUUCUCUUCGACAUAGAAAAAUCCUCAGCAAUUUUGUAUAAAAUCUUUGAGAAAGGACUCAGUACUAGUUGUUCAGUUUGCUUC